AUGGCCAUCGCCAUCGCCUUCGCCAUGGCAGUCGAUGUAGGUCUGGCUACAGAUGCACCUGGAGAUGGGACGGUCAUGGCAAAUCUUGGACCAUUCCGUCGACCACCGUCACCGCUGGCGUGGCUUGGCCAGAGUAUGUUCAGUUCAGGGCUUCUCGCUGUAGGGGCCGGGAGGGGCCUGUAGCUACAUCCUGCCUGGGGGAAGGGUUGNGCAAAUCUUGGACCAUUCCGUCGACCACCGUCACCGCUGGCGUGGCUUGGCCAGAGUAUGUUCAGUUCAGGGCUUCUCGCUGUAGGGGCCGGGAGGGGCCUGUAGCUACAUCCUGCCUGGGGGAAGGGUUGGAGGGUUGGAGAGUUACGGGUAGGGGGGCCUUGGAGGGGGUGCAAGUGGAGGGGUGAGGGCCAGGGCGAAGUGAGGUGGAAAUGUGAGGGUUCUGUGCUGUGCUGUGAAGGGACCGAAGGGUGCACUGUUUUUCAGCGGUCCGGCGCGUGGUAUCCCUGAACAUGGCGUUCAAGGGCCCCCCUAAAGCAGCGUGCGCCUUCACUGCAGCACCUGGACGACUGGACGACUGGACGACUGGACGACUGGACGACUGGACGACUGGACGACUCGACGACUCGACGACUCGACGACUCGACGACUGGACGACUCGACGACUCGACGGUCCCGACAUGGUCUGUUGA